AUGUCUAAAACAGCCCAGAAACGUCUGCUCAAGGAGCUACAGCAGCUGAUCAAAGAUUCCCCACCGGGCAUAGUGGCGGGUCCCAAAUCGGAAAAUAACAUCUUCGUUUGGGAUUGUCUCAUUCAAGGGCCCCCAGAUACGCCAUACGCCGAUGGUAUUUUCAGUACCAAACUGGAAUUCCCCAAGGACUAUCCUUUGUCUCCGCCCAAACUAACGUUCACGCCAAGCAUUCUACACCCAAAUAUUUACCCAAACGGUGAAGUGUGCAUAUCCAUUCUGCACUCCCCUGGUGAUGACCCCAACAUGUAUGAACUGGCUGAAGAAAGAUGGUCUCCUGUACAGAGCGUGGAAAAGAUUUUGUUAAGCGUCAUGAGCAUGUUGAGUGAGCCCAACAUCGAAAGUGGUGCCAACAUCGACGCUUGCAUUCUUUGGAGAGACAAUAGACCCGAAUUCGAGAGACAGGUGAAGUUGUCCAUUUUGAAGUCUCUGGGGUUUUGA